AUGUCUGACGACCGCAAGGAAACCGCCGUCGAGCACUCGGCCGACUCCAAGGAGUUCGCGCCCGCCGGCGACGACGUCUACAAUGACACCGGCGCCGGCGCCGUUCCUCCUCGUCCCGCUGGCUGGAUGUACAAGGGCUUCACGCCCUUUGGCAAGAACAUGGAGCUCUGGUAUGCCUCGCCCAAGGUUCAGCUGCUCAUGAUCUCCUUCGUCUGCUUCCUCUGCCCGGGCAUGUUCAACGCCCUCAACGGUCUGGGCGGUGCUGGUCUCCCCGCCGACAAGGCCUACGUCGGUGCCAACUGCAGUGUCGCCCUGUAUUCCACAUUCGCCGUCUUUGGAUUCUUCGCUGGUACCAUCACCAACCGUCUCGGUCUUCGUCCUGCCCUCGCCUUUGGUGGUAUCGGUUACUGCAUCUAUGCCGCCUCUUUCCUGUCCUACAAGCACACUGCCAAUGAGGGCUUCGUCUACUUUGCUGGUGCCUUCCUUGGCGUUUGCGCUGGUAUUCUUUGGUGCGCUCAGGGUGCUAUUAUGAUGUCUUACCCUCGCGAGGAAUCUAAAGGCCGUUACAUUUCCGUCUUCUGGAUCAUUUUCAACUUUGGUGCCGUCAUUGGCUCUCUUAUUCCUCUGGCCCAGGCUGUCAACGACAAGUUUUCCGACUCUGCCUCGGACGGUGUCUACGUAGGCUUCAUUAUCCUCAUGGCUAUCGGUGCUGCUCUGUCCUUCUUUCUCUGCAACGGUGACCAGAUCAUUCGCGAGGACGGCAGCAAGGUCAUUCUGAUGAAGAACCCUACCUGGGGGUCGGAACUCAAGGGUCUCUGGGAUACCCUGUACCAGCAGCCCUGGAUCCUUCUGCUGUUCCCCAUGUUCUUCUGCUCCAACAUCUUCUACACCUACCAGAACAACGGCCUCAAUGCCGUUGCCUUCAACGCCCGCACUCGAGCUCUCAACGGUCUCCUCUACUGGCUCGCCCAGAUCAUCGGUGCCGUCAUCAACGGUUUCGCCCUCGACUACAAGGGUGUCAGCCGCUCCAUGCGUGCCCGUCUUUCUCUCGCCUUCCUCAUUGCCUGCACAUUUGGUAUCUGGGGCGGAGGCUGGGCUUGGCAGAAGAACGCGCCCACUCGCCAGUGGUAUGCAGACAACAAGGACGCUCCCAAGCUUGACUGGACCGAUGGCGGCAGGUUCCUCGGCCCCAUGUUCCUGUACUUUUUCUACGGCAUGUACGACGCCAUCUGGCAAACCUGCAUCUACUGGUAUAUGGGUGCGCUCUCCAACUCUGGACGCAAGGCGGCCAACCUGGCUGGUUUCUACAAGGGCAUCCAGUCUGCGGGUGCCGCCAUCUUCUGGCGUCUGGACGGCCUCGAGCUGCCCCUGAACACCAUCUUUGGCGCCACCUGGGGCUGCCUCGGUGCCUCCCUCCUCAUCGCUGCUCCUGUCAUCAUCAUGCGCAUCCAGGACCACGUCUCCGUGGAAGAGGAUCUCAAGUUUUCCGACGAGACCAUCGAGGAUGUCAUUACCGUGCCUGAGAAGCGCACUGACAGCGUGGCUUAA